AUGCUUGUUGUAAGGCUAACAGCCUCAGUGGAAGAGCUUUCGUCAUGCUCAUCGGAUUAUGCUGCUAGCACAUGGAUCGCCUGGUUCCUAUCGACCAAAGGGAAUGAAUACUUUUGCGAAGUAGAUGAGGAUUACAUCCUUGAUCGAUUUAAUCUGACUGGCUUGAAUGCCGAGGUGCAACACUAUAUGUAUGCGCUAGAUCUUAUUACCGAUGCGCUAGAUGAGCAUAUCAAUGAAACGCAUCGCGAGCAAAUUGAGACGCAAGCACGCAUUCUUUACGGUCUGAUCCACGCUCGCUUCGUUGUGACCACACGAGGACUGGCGAAAAUGGCGGAGAAGUACAAACGUGGUGAUUUUGGUCGUUGUCCACGAGUCUUGUGCUACCAGCAGCCAUUGCUCCCCAUCGGUUUAUCUGAUAUCCCCUUCCAAAGCCCUGUGCGCCUAUUCUGUCCACGCUGUGAAGACUUGUAUCGCCCAAAGAGCUCGCGUCAUGGUGCUGUAGACGGCGCCUUUUUUGGAUCCACAUUCCCUCACAUGCUCCUGAUGGUAUACCCCCAUUUGAUUCCUCCCAAAACUGUCAAGAUGCCGGUCCCAUCGCCUCUAGCCCCUAGACAGUAUGGAGGUGUUUCCGCCGAUGCUUUGCAUGAACGUGCCAAGGCUCUAGAGAGAAAAACUGGAAACAGCUUAUCCGCUGGUGAAGAGACUGACACAGGCACUGAUAUUGUGAUGGAUGAAGGAAGCCCUCAUCAGCUACAGUUCGAGCGUGUAGUGCCCCGUAUUUUUGGGUUCCCAGUCCAUGAAACAAGCCGUCUGAUGGCUUGGCAGGAACGCCAGCAAAAGGUAUUAGCCGACAAAGUUUCCGACUUCCAGAAACGCAAAGCGCGCAAGGCUUAA